AUGCGUCGUGAACUGGGUCAACCUGAACGUCGUAUUAAGCACAAACGGCUGCAGUACAGGCGAAUCAGCCGUCGUCUCCUGCAUUAUAAACUAAGUUACUCCUCGAAACCCAACUUUUCUGUACACACACUUGGUGACUUGUGGCGCACUUUCCUGCCCGGCCGGGUGGAUUCUCCGUUCGGCGACAAACGCGACGGUCUCAUCUGCCGACAGGAGUCGCGCAGACGUCCCCCUCUUUCGGACAAAGCGGCGGCUACCAUUUGCCGCGAUUCCAAUCACACAGUCUCUGUCCGCAAGGCUAAUUGUUUAUGCAGCCCAAGUCUCCGGGUCAAUUGGUCCCGGAGACCGGACAACCGGGCCGUCGAGUCGAGCCACUUCAGACCGACUGUCUCUUCUCGUCUCGCUGUCCGGACAGGUUGUGGCGGUCGUCGUGGCGGGACGAAGCCCUCGGACGGGCCAUACGGGCCGGGCAACCGGACACUUCCGUCCGACUGCUGUCUGUGCGCUGUCCUCCCGUCCGGGGUACAUGGGCGGGCGCCAUCCGGGCUUCCUCAUUCGCCAGGUCACAACGGCCUACCUGCAUUUUCGUCGACUCGCCUGCUCACCUUAAUCUGCUCACUUGUCACCCUCCCCCCGCCUCACCUACUCCCACUUGUCCCUCCCACACGCUCCCACUCCGUCUCCCCUCGCCUCACCUCAACUUCGGCCCAGCCUCCCCUCUCCCGGCACCUUAUCACCUGUCAUCACUUAUUGCCCCUUAGCACACACACACACACACACACAUACAAACAUGUAGAGAAAUACAGCGGGCCCUCGGCAUCGCACCAGUUGGCAAGUGGAUACGAGACGGACCGGUUUCCGCGAUGCGCAUUGUCCAUCGUUCGAGCGCUGGCCGGCUCGAACCCAGUCGUGUCGUCCUGCCUGCGCACCGUCCGAGGGAACGAUUGGACAGUGCUCGACCCUCUCGUGUUGCCUACACUCUGUUGCCCCGCCCCACUUCCUGUCUCCUUUUUUUCUGGCUUUUCCUCUACACUUCACAUCUCCUUCCGCCAGCGUCUUCGUUGUCUGACCCCUACCCCCUCUUCUCAGGCACAGCCACACCUCGGCGAACAUGGCCCAGGUCGUAGCACGCAUCUCUUUUUCUUCGCGCAAUUCUUACAUACGCUCAAUCAGCCAGAACCUAUUGCAGACACAUUCGCAGACCCUCAUAUUUCACACACCCAAUCGCACAAAUGCAGGCACAAUCAUGCAUUCAUUCGACUUUUAGCCUUUGACGUUGACUUCCCUUUGGUUUUGGGAUUUCUAACCUCUGCCAGCAUCGAGUUGGUUUGGCCUAAUAUCCAACGCCGUACACCUCAUGAGUGCACACUCGUUGGUGUCUGA